GGGGCCGCCGGGGCCGCCCCGGCUUCCUCGUCUUCCUCGGUGGCGGCGGCAGCGGCUCCCGGCCAGUGCCGCGGUUUCCUUUCCGCUCCAGUAUUCGCUGGGACACAUUCAGGGCGGGCGGCAGCCGCAGCGGCGGCAGCUGCGGCAGCGGCGGCGGCGGCCUCCAGCUUUGCAUACCCGGGGACCUCUGAGCGCACCGGCUCUGCCUCAUCGUCAUCGUCUUCGGCUGUGGUUGCUGCGCGCCCAGAGGCUCCCCCAGCCAAAGAGUGCACAGCGCCUGCACCCACAGCGGCCGCUGCAGCACCACCGGGCGCUCCAGCGCUGGGCUACGGCUACCACUUCGGCAACGGCUACUAUAGCUGCCGUAUGUCGCACGGCGUGGGCUUACAGCAGAAUGCUCUCAAGUCGUCCCCGCACGCCUCUCUGGGAGGCUUCCCGGUGGAGAAGUACAUGGACGUGUCAGGCCUGGCGAGCAGCAGUGUACCAACUAACGAGGUGCCCGCACGAGCCAAGGAAGUGUCCUUCUACCAGGGCUACACGAGCCCCUACCAACACGUGCCUGGGUAUAUCGACAUGGUGUCCACCUUCGGCUCUGGGGAGCCUCGGCACGAGGCAUAUAUCUCCAUGGAGGGCUACCAGUCCUGGACGCUGGCCAACGGGUGGAACAGCCAGGUGUACUGCGCCAAGGACCAGCCACAGGGGUCCCACUUUUGGAAAUCAUCCUUUCCAGGGGAUGUGGCUUUAAAUCAGCCGGACAUGUGUGUCUACCGACGGGGAAGGAAGAAAAGAGUGCCCUACACCAAACUGCAGCUCAAAGAACUGGAGAACGAGUAUGCCAUUAACAAGUUCAUUAACAAGGACAAGCGGCGGCGGAUUUCAGCUGCCACGAACCUAUCCGAGAGACAAGUGACCAUUUGGUUUCAGAACCGAAGAGUGAAGGACAAGAAAAUUGUCUCCAAGCUCAAAGAUACUGUCUCCUGAUGUGGGCCAAGUUGGCCACAGACAGUUUAAAUGCUUUCAAAUGUCGCCAAAAGACCAUUGGAAAGACUUGAAUAUGUAUUUAAUUCCCCUCCCCUAUUCCCUAACAAUGAUGGCAAAUUUUGUGAAUUGUUUCUCUCUUUUGACUCUUAUCUGGCUCCCAAACCUUUUGCUUCCCAACUUGACUUUGUAGUUCUGUUUCUACUUGUUUAUUAUUGGUUUUGUUCUUGUCUAGGCUUGUUUUUAAAUGAUGUUUUUAAAUGUUCUGUUUCUCCCUCCAGGCCAGUAUAAAGGACUUGAGUAUUUCUUAAUAAUCCCCAAAAUGAAUUUCAGAAGUGCCAUUCUGAUUUAAGGUCUUAAUUUUUUAAAAUCACUCACUUUAUCUGUGUUUCCAGCACUGAUUAUCUUCAUAACCCAUUAGGUUAGAACAUUAGCAGUCAUUCAUAUCCUGUGAUUAGUUAAUUGAAUCAUUAGUUCCCAGCAGUUGCCCUGAGGCAAGUAGAAACAGCUCUCCGCAGUUAGUGCCCCCAGGGUCACCCAGAAAGUCUCAAAAUCGGAGGCUAAAGGCACUGUGAUGACUUCAAAAGCAGCUACCUUAUUAAAUAGUGUUUGUAUCAAUAUGAAAAUGAGGACAAUCUUUCCAACUUUGGGUCUUACUUUCUGUUUUAGUUGUAUACUUGUAACACACUUUGUAGAUUUGGGCUUUUAUAAUCUUCAAUUAUUUGAAAAUAAUAUGUCUUCAUGGAUGCCUUCAUUUCUCAAACUCUAGAUGCAAAUGCUUAAAUAACUGCAAUUGGUAGAGUGACCCAUGAUGGUAUAAAUGCACCCCUUUCCUUGGACUCAGGAAUAUGCAACUGGCCUCAAUCCCUGGAAAGAGUCUAACCAAUGUGGCCAUGGGUGGGAACUUUUAUUCAGAAUCCAAUGAAGAACUUAACUGUCUGAACAAAUGCAUUGAGACUCCCACAGAGCUUUCGAACAUCUAACAAAUUUUUAAAAUGUGUAACUGUAAGGUCCAAGAAGAAAAGAGUGAUAUUUCUGAAACUGAUGCAAAAUAACUACUUUUAAA